CCCACCUUUCUAUUUCUACUUCUUGGAUCUGUCAGACAUUCGAGAGGGGCAUGAAGUUUGACGUGAACGUCGCCGAAAGCAAAAUAUUUACUUUAUAGCUGGGAUAAUGCGACGUCGGGCUGGCGUGGGUGCUAUUCAAAAGCAAAAAAUUGAAGCAGAGAAAUACCGCGAUAAAGGUACCGAGUUACAAGAUACGCAAUUUGAACAAAUGGUGAAACAAAUGGAAAUGCUGAAAGAGCACUUGGAGGAUUUCGCUGCGAAGCACAAGUCCGAAAUCAGGAAAAAUGCUCAGUUUCGGCGUCAGUUUCAAGAAAUGUGUGCCGCGAUUGGCGUUGAUCCAUUAGCAUCCGGCAAGAGUUUCUGGAGUGUACUCGGCAUGGGUGAUUUUUAUUACGAGCUUGGAGUGCAAGUGGUGGAAGUUUGUUUGGCAGCCAAUUAUAGCACCGGUGGCCUAAUGGAGUUGAAUGAAUUGCGGAAUCGCCUUGUAUCAGCUAGAGGUCGGAAGCAAAUUCACCAGGAAAUUACAAAUGAAGACAUCCUAAUGGCAGCGAAAAAGCUACAAAUUUUCGGCAACGGAUUUACUGUAUAUCCUGUUGGAAAGGGUCGGUAUAUGGUGCAAUCGAUUCCAGGAGAGUUGAGCCUGCAAGAGACGUCCGUCUUGAAUGUAGCUGCUAAUCAAGGACAGGGAUUUGUCACUAUUUCGAUGCUUAUCGCUGAUUUAGGAUGGACUGAAUGUCGAGCUCUGCAAGCUGUAGAGAAAAUUGUGUCUGAUGGUCUCGCAUGGAUUGAUAACCAAGGAACAGAGAAAGCUUAUUGGUUCCCAAGUCUUUUUCCUGCUCGACGAUAAUCUAAAUUUCUUCUUACGCGUUAAAAAUAAAAAGAAACU